GCGGCGCUUUGCGGCCUGGCGGCGAUGCUGGGCGGCUGCCGCGCCGGCCUGGGUCGCCUGCGGAGCUGCGCCGGGAGGCUGUGGCGGGGCCGGCGGCGGGCGGCGGGCAUGGCCGGAGGCGGCAUGGGCCAGCGGAUGGUCUGGGUGGAUCUGGAGAUGACGGGCCUGGACGUGGAGAAGGACCAGAUCCUGGAGAUGGCCUGCCUCAUCACCGACUCCGACCUCAACGUCCUGGCCGAGGGCCCUAACCUGAUCAUUAAUCAGCCCGACGAGCUGCUGGAGAGCAUGUCCGAGUGGUGCAAGGAGCAUCACGGGAAGUCUGGCCUCACUAAGGCUGUGAAGGAGAGUAAAAUUUCCUUGCAGCAAGCAGAGUACGAGUUUCUCUCCUUCGUACGACAACAGACACCCCCGGGUCUCUGUCCUCUGGCAGGCAACUCUGUUCACGCAGAUAAGAAAUUUCUUGACAAAUACAUGCCUCAGUUCAUGAGACAUCUUCAUUACAGGAUCAUCGACGUGAGCACCGUCAAAGAACUGUGCAGGCGCUGGUAUCCGGAGGAGUACGAGUUCGCACCAAAGAAGGCGGCUUCUCACAGAGCACUCGAUGACAUCAGGGAAAGCAUCAAAGAACUUCAGUUCUACAGAGAUAGCAUCUUCAAGAGGAAAACGGAUGAGAAGAAAAGGAAACUAAUAGAGAACGGAGAAAGCGACAAAACGGCCAGCUGAUUCCUCACCUGGCCCUGCCAUCCCCUGGCAAGUACUAGAUGCAUCUUCCCGGUUCUUUUUGGUUUGCCAGUCUCUCAAGAAGUUGCACCCUUUGGUUCCCUUCUUUCGCAACGGCUGUUAAUGCGCAGAGGGAAGCCCGAGUUACCGCUGCUUUUCUGUUUGAGCACGGAGUCGACUCGCUCAAGCCUCAGCAGCUUCUUUCUUUGUACGUCCUCCGUAAAACACGCUGUUUGAUACUCCUCUUCCUCCGGUUUUGGGUGCGGUCUUUCGCAACACAAUAAAAACAGUUCUGUUGAAAGAGG